AGUUUUUGAAAGAACUUUUUGCUGGGUAUUUAAUUGCAGGUUGACAGUUUAUUUCUUUGAGUACUUUCAAGAUAUUUUUCCACCGUCUUCUAGCUUGUAUUGCUUUCAACAAGACAUCUUUCAUUCUUAUCUGCUGUUAGUGCCCUAUCUAGAUUCCCUCUUCUGGACUGAAGCACCCAUUCCCAAGUUUUCGUUAAUGCUGGGUGUUAUUGGCUCAUGGAGUCUCUUCUUCUCUAAAGAGAUGGCCUCACCUGGAAGAAUAUGAGUCCUUCCUCUCUGCUGUGGCUUCCCAGUGCCAGUGACUAAAUGAUACUGGGGCACAAAAGAUCAACCCCUUUAUCUCAAGAGGACUAAAUCUGUGAUAUGAUUUAUGCUUCAGAGUCCCAUUUGGAUGAGACCAAGUUCAGACUUUACCUAGAUCACAUCAUUGCACAGCUUUAUUUAUAUUGCCUUUUCUGCUUCCCUCAUUUCCUUACAGACCUUUCACUGAGGAGUCCAAUCUAAAAAAAUCACAUGUAUUCAAAUCUCUGUUAGGCUCUGCUUCUAGGAAACCAAAUCUAUGAUGGUGGGUAUGUAGAGUGGUCCUAGAAGCACAAUAUGAGAAUCAGAUUCUAAGGCUGGGUCACUUGUCAAUCCUCUGGCAAAGCAGACAGCACUGUUGAUGGUAGGUGAAGUAUUAUUAGGCAUGCUUUAGCAGUGCAGUGGUUCAGACUUUUACUUGGGGUAAACUGGCUGGGAUACUGGUGGAAGUAGAUGCACUGGCUCAUGCAACAUGUCUAGCAUUUAAAAGAUAUGAGACAAAUUGUACAUAUAAGGACUUUGGAAUUGGGUGGCUAUUACUGAGCAACACUGAUGCCUUGAAGAAAAAAAACUGUCAGGCUAAGGGCAGUAAGUAACCAAUUUAAAGCAAAAUAUAAGAGUUAGAAUGCCUUCUUGGCAGUAUUUAUCUUUAGUUGCCUGAGGGCAGACAGAUCAGGCUGAGGACUUAAUUGUAAGAGUGGUAUGACUUCAGAGAAAGUUGAAUUUUUAGCCUAGGCAAGUCUCCAGUUCCAAGUCAGGACCACAGCAGGGAAGAAUAACACCCUGAGGCUUGGGGUGGUGAUAUUAAGUAGAUGCCUUUUGAGAUCCUGAAUUCUUCUGAAUUAUCUGGUUUGCAGAAGUAGUCAACUCUUUUUGUUGAAAGAUAGAGGCCCACAUUUGCUUGAUAACCUUGCAAAAUUCUUAAACCAGACAAAUGCAUUGUAAGAAAAUUCUGGCUCUUCUCAAGAUAUGUUCCCACCUCUCCUUUUGGCCACCAGACCCAUAAUAAGGGUCAAAUCUCAGCAUACCAAAAUUGGGGAAGUGCUAGACUUACUAAGUAUUAGAUACCAAAGGAGCUGCAGGACUUGGAUAACAUGUGUCAUCAGGAACAAGAAAAGUAGAUUAGAGAGUAAAUUUUGAACAUCCUAGAUCAAAGAGAGGAGGGUAAAAUAUAAAGCUGGAUAUGGGAGUUGGUCAAUAUAGGACAUUCUCAUGUGACACUGGGUUUAAUAGCCUAGCAAGAUUAUUCUUAUGAGGUUGAUAUAAUAUGCUGCUGGGAUGGCUUUUGAGAACUUGGAAAAAGCAAGAGCUUCCAUUAACAAAGUUGAGAUGUUAGAAUACUUAUGGAAAAUUGUGAAUAAAGUGUUUAAAGUUCUAGAGAAAUGGACAUGGGAGAACAGAUCCAUAAUAAAAGAUUGGAAAGUCCGCUGCCAGACUAUAUUGCUUGGAAGUCCUGGAGAACAUUCAUUUUUAAUGAAGCAAUAGUGAACGUGCUGGUAAAGGGGAUUAUAAUAACUAUGAAAAUCUCAGUAGUGUCCAUCCUUUGUAGACUGAGGCUACAACUGGCUCUCCAAUAGCAAUAGGGAUGAUAGGAUCCUGAAUUAGCAGGGGCUAGUUGACAGCACUUAAACAUCAGAAGCAAGGUGGCCAUAAUUAUCAUAAUGAUCAGCAGGGUUGAAAUGAUGGCCAAAGGGUCCUGACCUGCAGGGGUGUAUGGAGAUGGCUAAUAGAAAAUAGUUUUUCCAUGGACACAUAUGGCUAUAAAUGCCUCAAAUUUGAUGAAAAUAUUAAUCUACACAUUUAAGAAUCUCAACAAACUCAAAAACAUCCACACUUAUACAUAUCAUAGUCAAACUGUCAAAAGCCAAAGACAAAAUAAAAAACAGAGAAUCUUGAAAGCAUAAAGAUGAAGCCCACAAUAGCAGAUAAUACACAUCAAUUUGUGAGUACAAAAUUAAUCUUGUUCAUUCUCUAAUUGAAGAGAACUGAUGGUUAACAGCAGAAAUGACAGCCAACGCUAUAGACAUCUCAGUUGGUUCAGCUUACAUAAUUCUGAUUGAAAAAAUCAAAGUCGAGCAAACUUUCUACUCUCACUGGGUGCCAAAACCUUUGUGCCCAGAUCAGCUGCAGACAAGAGCAAAGCUUUCAAUGGAAAUUUUUAGAAAGUGGGAUCAAGAUCCUAAGGAUCUGUUAAAGAAUUGUAACAGGAGAUGAAACACGGCUUCACCAGUAUGAUCCUGAUGACAAAGCACAAUCAAAGCAAUUGUGUAGCUACCUCAAGAGGUGGAAGUUCAGUCCAAGCAAAAGUGGACCAGUCAAGAGCAAAGGCCAUGGCAACAGUUUUUUUGGGAUGCACAAGGCAUUUUGCCCAUUGACUUUCUGGAGGGCCAAAAAAUGAUACUGCCUGCUUAUUAUGAGAAUGUUUGGAGAAAGUUAGCCAAAGCUUUAGCAGAAAAAUGCCCUAGAAAUCUUCACUGGAGAGUUCUUCUCCACUACGACAAUGCUCCUGCUCAUUCCUCUCAUCAAACAAGGGCAAUUUUGCAAGAGUUUUGAUGGGAAAUCUUUAGGCAUCCACCUUCACCUGAUUUGGCUCCUUCUGACUUCUUUUUGUUUCCUAAUCCUAAAAAAUCUGUAAAGGGGAUCCAUUUUUUUUUCAGUUAAUAAUGUAAAAAGGACUGAACUGACAUGGUUAAACUCCAAGAACCCUCAGUCCUGGUAUCAUCACUUACAAAAGUGUCUUCACCUAUAUUUUUUAUUUUAUCUUUUAUCUAUUAUUUUAAUUUCAUUUUCCAUGAAUUUUUGGAAAUCGCCUCAUAAAAUGUACAAUCUAGUCAUUCCUCCUAGGUAAACACUCUAAAGAAAAUCUUGCAUACAUGCAGAAAUAGAAGUGGGUAAGAAUGCAUAGCAGCGUUGUUAAAGCAGAAAAAAAUGGAAACAACCCAAAUGUCCAUCAACAUUAGAAGACAAAAAUAACUGUGGUCAAUUUAAACAAUGAAGGACUACACAGAAGUGAACAUUAAUAAACUUCAACUGCAUGUAUGAGUAUUACUCAUAUUCAUACUCAUAUUAACAUGUAUGAAUCUAAAAUAUAUAAUAUGAAGGCAAAAAGGAAAUCACAGAAGUGUUAGGUCACCCCUAACUGCAAAGAGUGCUUGGAAAUGUCACCUUUUCACCAGGCACAUUAAGUAAAACCAGGAUUUCCCUACUAAGGAAAAAGGGAAGAGUGGAUGUUGGGUCAUUGGUAAUAGUCUUUGAUGAGUGGGUAAAAAUAGUAUUUCAUUGAGAUUUUACUAUUUCUUUGAUUCCUGCCUAGAUCAAGUAUUUACAAGCUUUGAAUGACCUUUUCUAUGAAUGGUUUUUUCACGUCCUUGCCAAGUUACAUCCUGAUGCACUUAGAAAUACUUUAUAAUUUGUGUACACUCUCAAUAUAAUCUUCUCACAUGAUAUUUUGUGUUCAUUUUUUUUCUGCUUUAGAGAGAGUGAUGCCAAGAGGAUUUCUCUUUGGAUGUUGUUUUCUCCUAGGAUGGCCUGCAAGCUGCUCUCCUCUGGGAACCAUGUGAGGCUUCCCAGAGGCACUGAGGAUAGCCACCCUUGUGAAGUAGUAGGGAGCUCUGCUGCUGGGAAAUGUUCUUAAGAGUCCAACCUUGAACCUAUGGAGAGCACCAGAGAAUGAGGACAUCUGGUCCCUGCAGGGACCUCCGGUUCUGCAGAGCUGAUUGCUGGCAGCAGAUAUUUUGGAAAGCCUUAAACAAGAAGGAAUCAGGGUCCUGGACAGGGUCUAGGGAAAAACAAGGCCAUCAGGGAAUAGGAUUUGGGGUGGUGGGUGCUGAUUCAGUCCUGGGUUAUGAGGAGGUGUUUGUGCCCAGGAAGUGACACAGAGAGAAGGAAUAUUGUGGCUGAACCCUGCACCUGAGCCAGGGCAGUAUCUGGACCUGAGGUUCCUUGCAGCAUCUCCUCUGCCUUGAAGAGUCCAGUGUUGACAUGGGAGCUGCCUCAGGUAACAGAACAGACCCAUCACUUUACAUUCCCACCCACUCACCUGCUCAUCCUGCCUUGACCUUUCACCUUUCCACUGUGUCUCUGGAGGGGAUCCUGGCUCUGGCCAUGGCGGCAGGAAGGGGUAUUGGGGGGCAGGUGCCACAGUUCUCAAUGGGCCUGGCUGAUGGGGGCUGGGCUCCCUGGGUUGAGAGCACACGGAGCAGAAUCCCACAAUGCCAUGAGUGGAGCCUGUGCGAUUUCUCCCAGCCAAGAGAAAAGGACAUCCCAGGCCACCAUGAGUUCUGAGAUGAAGGCUGCUGGAGGAAAUGAAGCCAACACAUACAAACACAGACAUACAUACAUGUACACACUUAUGCACACAUGUGCACACACUCUUCAGUGGGUAAACUUGUGCUUUGAGUACUUUGGGCAGGAAAAUGGGGGGUGGGAGGGCUUAGUAGAGAUUCAAACUCAUGGGAAUUCCGUCUGUUGUUGUCUGCAAACCCCGAUGUCAGAGACACACUGGAGCCACCACCCCCCUUUCAGAUGGUCUGAAAAUCCCUGCUUCAAUUCCCUUAGAAAACACCCCUCACCCUCAACAACAGAGAGCUGUUUUGCAGAGCUGAGCAGGGGCCCGCUGCUGCUACAGCUGCCAUUCCUUUCCCCUUUAGGAAGGCUGCCAGGAAUGACAAGGGGAGGGGGAAGAAGUGGGCGGUGGUGGCAGAAGGCAGCGCUGGGGAGAGUGGGACUUGCGGGUUCCAGUCUGAGGACUCUUCUUGCUGCCUCUCUCCCCUGUCGUGGCUGCUUCUGGUCAAAGAUACCAGCAGGAUGUGUGGCUGCGUCCUGCGGCGGCUGCUGGCGGAGGAGGCGGGGCACUCCACCCCCGUGGGACGCCUCCUGCUCCCCGUGCUCCUGGGAUUCCGCCUCGCGCUGCUGGCUGCCAGCGGGCCUGGCGUCUACGGCGAUGAGCAGAGUGAAUUUGUGUGUCACACCCAGCAGCCCGGCUGCAAGGCCGCCUGCUUUGACGCCUUCCACCCUCUCUCCCCACUGCGCUUCUGGACCUUCCAGGUCAUGUUGGUGGCUGUUCCCAGCGCCCUCUACGUGGCUUUCACCCUGUAUCAUGUGAUCUGGCGCUGGGAAGAAUCAGGAAAGGUGAAGAAGGAGGAGGAGACCCUGCUCCACGCAGGGCAGAGCGGCAGAGGUGCCCCAGGGGCUGGAAGCCCCCGGCUGCUCUGGGCCUACGUGGCACAGCUGGGGGCUCGACUGGCCCUUGAGGGGGCAGCCCUGGGAGGGCAGUACCAUCUGUAUGGGUUCCAGGUGCCCAGCUCUUUUGCAUGUCGUCGAGAGCCGUGCCUUGGUAGUAUAACCUGUACUCUGUCCCGCCCCUCUGAGAAGACCAUCUUCCUAAAGACCAUGUUUGGGGUCAGUGGGUUCUGUCUCCUGUUUACUCUUUUGGAGCUUGUGCUUCUGGGUUUGGGGAGAUGGUGGAAGAUCCAGAAGCACAAAUCUUCCUCCUCUAACUACCGCCCAACUUCAGAGAGCACCAGAAGACACAAGGAACCAACUGAUAGCUUUCCAGUGGUGGAAACCAAAGAGCAGUUUCAAGAAGCAGAGUUAUGAAGAUACCUGGCUUGCCUGAAGGAAACCCUUUGAUUGGAUCUUCUUCCCAACAUCCAUGGAGUGGGGAUUCAUGUCCAUGACAAAUUAGAGGCUGCUGAGGGAUUUCUAAGGGUGAUGGCAGGCCUUGGUGUCUAAAGCAUUUCCUUGAAGAGUUCCUGAUUGUACCUUCUUACUCAAAUUCUGUGGUGUCAGCAUUACAAUUUUCACGAGCUCAGUUCAACAGUCAGCCAGCAGAAGCCUCCAUAAACCAUGACUCACCCCUGCCCUGCUCAAUAAAUAUUGACUACUUGUGUCGGCAUUCCUGUUGCUGAAGACAAUGAUCCUUCCUGCCUCAGUGACUCAUUUAUCUUAUUUGUUGUUCCACAUUGUCUGCUUUCCCAGCGCCAAAGUCCUGCAGCAUAUAUUAUAGCUGGAAACUCUGGUCCUCCAAGCCUGUAUAGCCCAAUGUCCCUUAAUAACCAGAGGAGAUUUAUUAAAACACCCAACCACAUCCUUUAGGAAGAUUACUGUGAAUUCAGGGGCUUAUGUCCCUUUGACACUGAGAGCUCUGAAUUCUGCUUGAUUCUCAGUCUCAACUUGGCGCCCUGCAGCUGUUCUCCAGCAUAGCAGCAACUCACAUGUAGGACCAAGUCCCUACUUUUUAAGAUGAUAACCCCCACUACAACACAGAAAAUGCUGUUAUACUGCUGAUUCAGGAAUAAGAGCAAGAGAAGUUUAUAUCAGAGUGUAAAUCAGCGGAUGACUGAAAUCUGAGUACCAAGCUUCUUGUGUCCUUGAGUAAUUUCUGUUGGACAGUGUUUUACCCUCUCACCUUUUUACAGAACCCCACCCCCUCCUUAGUUCUUCCUUGCCCUUAACGUCUCAGCAAAGAGCAGUGACCUGGUUUGUUUUCCCCUUCUGAAUCCCAGUUACGGCCAAGUAAGUUAGGCAGGCUCAUCUCUAAAGAAAGAUAUUGAGUUGGGAUGGUUUGGCAACUAGGAAAAAAAUAAGUUUUCUUGAUGCCACAGGAGUGCUUCAUAAGCAUCUGUUAUCUACUUUAGUCAUAUUCUAGCCAAGGUGAC